CUACUACUAAUCGUCCGCGACGUCACGGCACUGUUCGCGUUUGCUUUUUUAGAGCAAUUAUUUCAAUGCGCCGCGGCGUGCAAUGAUUUUGCACUCGUGGGCGCUCGGCGAUCGAUGCCACGCGUGUCCGUCCGGCAUCGGCCCGAAAUGCGAGUGGGCGUAAAGUCGCCGCCGGGCUUGACGGAAUUGCUGUGCGCCGUAGAUAACCUAGAAGAAUGAUGGUGAUGCCGUCGCGUCGGCGAUACGUGACCGUGUCGUAAGACGGGUAUCGCGUAGGAUAUCAUUAUGAGUUGCGCGUGCCAUUUAAUCUGAUCUGAUCGCGACGUGGAAUUACGGUGAGAUCGCCGAUCGCGUGGGAUUUGGUUCGCGCGGCUUAUAGGUUAUCUCAAGUCGACUGGAGAAUCGACCGAAUCGUCGUCACAGAUUCGUAGUACCUAUUUGCACGAUCUGUCAUUGCGUUGUGUGCACCAUCGAUAAAAUUUUGUCGACGAAUUUAUAUAUCAUCCCGAUCCAUCAUGCAUCUUGUGAGGAUCGAGCAGCUCUUUCUAUCAAUAGCUACCUUCUGUCUUAGUUUCGAACAGCAAUAUGAAAGAACCAGUAUGAUUAUAUCCUGGAGAAAUUUCUGAGAUAAUAUAGUAACUGUUACAAUGUGUUUGUGACUGAAUAUAGACCUUUUACAUCGGAGUAAAUAAUGCUUAGAACUAUCAUAUAUCUUUGUAUAACCUGACUGUAUUGAAAAUGCAAGCCAAGAAACGCUAUCUAUUAUUAUUUGUAACAUGUGCGUUUCUUGGUUAUUGCUAUUUCGGUGGAUAUCGUUUAAAAAGCGAAAAAUGGACAGGCAGAUCUCAGUUGCCUUAUGAGCGAUUGCCUUCAUAUUUAAGUCUAAAUGAAGAGUUCUAUGACAAAGAUUUAAAGACAUCCAGCGGGGCUUUGGUCAUGUCUCAGCGUACACGGUAUUGCCGCAUGGAAACUUGCUUCGACUUUACAAGAUGUAAGCAAGGUUUCACCGUGUAUGUUUACCCAGUCGAGGAUGUGAUAAGUCCACUAUACCAAAAAAUAUUAAAUGUUAUCACGGAGUCGAGAUAUUACACGUCGGACCCAGCACGGGCAUGUAUAUUUGUCUUAGCCCUGGAUACGUUAGAUAGAGAUCCCUUAUCGACUGAAUUUGUACACAAUCUUCCCUUGAAAUUAUUACACCUACCAUAUUGGAAUAACGGAAGGAAUCAUCUGAUAUUUAACUUAUAUUCUGGUACAUGGCCCGAUUAUGCUGAAGAAUCGCUGGCUUUCGACGUGGGUUAUGCUAUGCUUGCUAAGGCCAGUAUGUCCAUUUUUAAACACAGACCUGACUUUGAUGUGUCAAUACCUCUGUUUGGUAAACAACAUUCGGAACGUGGUGGAGAAUCCGGCCAAGCGUUAGAAAAUAAUUUUCCUAAUAAUAAAAAGUAUGUGGCAGCUUUUAAGGGAAAACGAUAUGUACAUGGCAUUGGAUCCGAGACAAGAAACGCUCUCUAUCAUCUGCACAAUGGUAAAGAUUUGGUAUUUGUUACAACUUGCCGUCAUGGGAAGACCUGGAGAGAAUUCCAAGACGAACAUUGUCAGCAGGAUAAUCAAGAAUAUGAUACAUAUGACUAUGAAAUUUUAUUAAUGAACGCUACGUUUUGUCUGGUUCCACGAGGACGACGAUUAGGUAGCUUUCGGUUUCUAGAAGCCCUGAGAUCGGGAUGUAUUCCAGUCAUUUUAAGUAAUGGUUGGGCUCUUCCCUUUCAUGAACGUAUUGAUUGGAAUCAGGCUGUAAUAUUUUCUGACGAGAGAUUGUUACUCCAAAUUCCAGAUAUAUUACGAUCCGUGUCCAAUGUACAAAUCCUUAAACUGCGGCAACAAACACAAUUUUUAUGGGAGAGAUAUUUUUCCUCUAUUGAAAAAAUUGUAUUUACCGUGUUCGAGAAUAUUCGCGAGCGUUUACCAUGGGAAGGUGCGCGGGAGAGAAUCGUUUGGAAUACUAGUCCUGGAGCACUGGCGAUUUUGCCACAAUUCACUGAUAGCCAGCAAGAACUUCCCUUUUCGAACAGUAAUCCUGGUAACACUUUCACUGCCAUAAUCUAUUCGCAAUUGGGAUCCACCGCCGUACUUUAUCGUUUACUUAGGAGUCUCGCGAAAAGCAAGUACCUAGAUAAGAUAAUACUUAUGUGGAACUCGGACAUUCCGGUGCCAAGAAAACCACGUUGGCAAGGUAUCAGAGCGUCAAUUCACGUUGUCGCGGUUGACGGCAUAUCUCAACGUUUUUAUCCUCAUCCGUUAAUCAAAACUAGUGCCAUAUUGUCACUCGACGAGGAUGCCACUCUAAAUACCGAUGAAAUUGACUUCGCUUUUAUGGUUUGGCGGUCAUUUCCCGAUCGAAUAGUAGGGUAUCCAGCGAGGUCUCACUAUUGGGAUGACUCAAAGCGUUCCUGGGGUUAUACCAGUAAGUGGACAAACGACUACAGUAUCAUUCUCACCGGUGCCGCUUUUUACCAUCGCUAUUAUAAUACUCUAUAUACCGAGUUAUUAAGCUCGACUCUCCAUAAGACCGUGGAGCAGUCGCAGAAUUGCGAGGAUAUACUCAUGAAUUUUCUGGUGAGUCACGUAACUCGAAGGCCGCCUAUCAAAGUGACGCAGCGCAAAUUGUACAAAGAUACCACGGUAGCUGGAAUUAGAUCGCCGUGGAACGACCCGGAUCAUUUCAUACAGCGACAAACAUGCAUGAACACAUUUGUCGCUGUCUUCGGGUAUAUGCCAUUGUUGCGAUCUAACAUGCGAUUGGACCCCGUUCUGUUCAAAGAUUCCGUGAGCAAUUUGCGCAAGAAGUAUAGGCAAAUUGAAUUAGUUAGUAAUUAGAAUUGUACACACUGCUCGAUUACGCAUGAUUAUUUAAUUUUUUAAGCGCGCCAAAUAACGCAAAAUCUUUGCGUACGAUACUAGGUCUAUUUUUUUAGCGCACUUACGAUAAAAGUUGAGUCAAAAAAGUUAUGUAUGUAGAUAAUUUUAGAAAAUGAAAAAGGAAAGAGCGAAAUAAUAUGAACAAGUGCAAUAAAUAUAGCUAAAAAAACAGAUCUACCGUCUUUGCCGUGCGAAUGUGCAUAUACAAUUGUACGGGACAUGUUUGCCCGUUUGCGUGCUAUGCCAUAUUAGGCUAUCGGUAUUGUCGGGCAGCAAAUCAAAGUCCGUUAUCCAGGAGACGUACGGUGAUAUCCCUGCGAUUUAUUUGCUAGUAAUUUUGUACAAAUUGUAGAAUCGUAACGACGCCGUUUCAAUUUGACGAUGUCUUGCGCAGCUAUUAUUAACU